AUGGCGGCAGAAUUUCUUGAAUAUUCUCCAAAGAGAAGAAUGAUUUUUGACAAGUUUUUUGGAAAAGAAGGCGAAGAAAAAUGUCUAAAUAGCAUCUUGGAACAUCAUUUUAACUUCUCUGUAAGUAAUAGUUUCAAUAACAUGGUGUUUAAUGUUUUAAUUUCACUUUUAAAUUGUGACAAAUACUGACAAUAGUACAAAACAUAUUUUUGUAGGUUGGGGUGCUGGCACCUUCAUUUUCCAAGCAGAAGUUGUAUGAAAGUAUUUCUAGCGUGUUUACUGAGUUUAGUUGCUUGGCUGAAGUUACACUCACAGAAAUUUUAGACACAGAAUUUAUAUUAAAGUUUGUAAAACCAGGUUAAUUAUAAAAUGUUUUGUCUAUAUUUAUCACGUGGAGAAAAUAUGUAUUAAAGAGGUUUUACAGUGGCAAGAAUUCUCCGAAACUGGCUGGGAAAAUAUCAUGAUCUUAAAACAGUAAAUUAAUAUUUAUACAAUUUUUGCAAUUUAAUCUGCCAUCAAAUCCCUAAUUUUCAUUGUUUUUUAACAUGUAUCUGGUUACUUUUGUGCCCUUGACUGUAUCUUGAUGUGCACUUGAGAACUGUUUUGCACACCUGCACUUUGAUUUUCUAACAUUUGUGAACUCAUGAUUAUGCCAAAAAGUGCCCAACUCGUGCAAUCAACCUAAAUAAACUAAAUGAAAAUUUAAUAUCAAGUUAAUCAACUAAAUCAAUAAGUAAUUAAUUUUUUUUUAUUUAUUUUUUAUUAACUUAACAAUUGCAUGGUUGAUGGAAAGGACAACAGAACUAUUUGUUCCCUAUUAAGUCGCACCAAAAAAAAUUUAAAAUUACACUAAACAUAUAACAAUACAUAAAAUUACAAUCACAAUAUAUCAUGAACUAUGACUAUACAAUCCUACAUAUUUAUGAACAACAGUUUGUUUGCAAUGAACGACACUUGCUACACAGAGUUUCCACGUUCUAGGUCUAUCUAUAUUGAAGACAGUGUUCAGUUUGUUGGUAUAAUAUAUAUAUAUAUAUAUAUAUAUAUAUAUAUAUAUAUAUAUAUAUAUAUAUAUAUAUAUAUAUAUAUAUAUAUAUAUAUAUAUAUAUAUAGUUUAGUUUAGUUUAGUUUAGUUUAGUUUAGUUUAGUCUUAAAUUAAUUAAGGAGCAGUUUUUGCACAAAAUAUGACGUUUCAAAAAUUGUUUCCAUGUAGGUUCAGUGUGUGGUCUCAGCCAUGGAACCAAAAUUGACACGUCUGAUUGUGCAGCUUUACUACCAACAGGUGAAUUAUCAAGAACACUCAAUAAUCUAAAUCAGUGAAUUUCCUGUAUUCUGACAUUGAAUGAUUUUCCAGGAAUCCUUCAUCUCUCACUUACUAAAGAUACUUAUGAAUGUCUUGGUAUUCAAGGAAAACCUUCACCUUUUAAAAACAGUCUCAGAUUUGGUAAGGAAUCUCUCUUUAUAGAACAUUUUAUAGUUUGUAUCAAGUACUUCAGAAAUGUUUGUCUGUCAGUUUAUAUUACUGUAAUUUAAUAAUUACUAAUUAAGAACAGUACUAAUUAAUUAGAUUAAUGAAGGAACAUUGUUAGUUGAAACUAUAUGAGUAUCACUUUAUUUUAUAGACAUUGAGAUCAACUUAUUAGCACAGUAUUUUAAACCAAGCAAGAAAUUUUAUGAGAGGGCUUUAAGAGGAUUUCUCAAAACUGGAUUGAAGUUUAAAUUUUUGUUUUCUGCAAUAUCAAAGUCAGAUGGUAAGCAGUUGUUUCAAGUGAACUUGUUAUAUUUAAUCAAGUUAGUUAAUUAGUGAGUUAAUUAGUUAAUUAAUGAGUUUAUGAGCUGUAUAGUAUGCAAUUAGCAUUCCAUUCUGCCUAACACCAGGCAUUUUGUUUCUUAGAUGAUGAGCCCUCUAGACAAAAACUUGAAGCAUAUUUCAAAUCACAUGGCAUAAUCUAUGAAGCAUUCACAAACAAACAAGAACUGCAAGAAUUCUCAGAACUGGACAUUCCUGUAAUUUCAUACAACAAUGAACCUUUCUUGGAAGUGGAUUCAGAAUGUAAUGGCAUUGCUUUCCAUGAAUGGUUGGGCUGUGUUGUCUGUGGAGUUGACUGGUAUGUUGUUGGUUGAUGUAAAGGAGUGUUGGUGAAGAGUUGUUGGUGCAAGGACAAGCCUAAUUCACAUCUCCCAAACACCACAGAUUUUCCCUGGAUAGUUUAGAAUUGAUAGAGAUAUCCAAUAUAAAUAAAGUUAGCUUAAUAAAGUUAGCUUAAUUUAUUAAAGCAUAUUCAUAAGGACUGUAUUGCAUCAUUUCCCCAUGUAGUUCUGAAUCAGCUUCUGACAGUUUUGUGAGUACAUUAUCAUGUCCUCGACCACACCAUCCUGGCAAAGCAGCGUUUUGGAAAUGGACUGGAUUCCUUCACUCUGAUGCUGUUUGUGAGGUGAUCAAGUUAGCAAGGUAGAAAUAACUUGGAAAUUUAAAUUCUCAACUUUAUGUUGAUAAUACAGGUUCUUACUAUGAAUAUAACACAUCUAUGAAAGGUUGGUUAACCUCAAAAUCUUCUAUUGAAAUUUUAUCUUAAAGGCCAAGUGGAUGAGUUGUGAAUAUUCUGAUGAGGGUAUAUAUAUUCAGAACAUUCUUAACUCAUCUACUCAUUUCCAUCCAUCAGAAAAAGAACAUCACUAGAAAUCACAGCAAGAAUUGCAAGGUGUAACUACGAAAAGUUACACUUUAUAUGAGUUUGUCAAGUAACUCAUCUUACUUGGGGUGAAACCAUUGGUAAUGAAGAUUUUGAGGUGAACUCAUUUGUGAACCAAAACUUAUAUAUAUAUGUAUAUAUUUCUUACAGGGAAGUGUUGAAUAAAAAUCCCCAAGUCCCUUGGCUCAGUAUAAUGAUAUGGGGGUUCAGUGACAGUCCAAUAUCAUGGAGAGAUCAUCGGCAUGGUUACUUUUUAAGUGGUGACAAUCAUUCGACUGUGGUGGUGUUUCAGAAGGAACAGUUAUGGUUGUACAGGUCUCUGGGAGAUCAUGAUGAACAACCAUGAGUACAUUCAGGGGAUCUGGGGGUGUUCCUUGUGGAUAAAAGGUGGAACUUGGGGUGAGUAAUGUUGAUAAUUUUAAACUGUGUUUAUUGUUUUGUGAGAAUUAAUCCUGGCUCGUAUUUGAUCAUAAAGAAAACCCAACAUGAGUUAUACCAUAUGAAAUGUUUGGGAUAGCUUUCCAUAAAAAUGUGAAACUAUACUACUGAUUUAAGAAUUUAAAUUGUGGUGUUGAUACGGUUGUCAAGCUAGAGUUCAACACACAAUAUCAAAGUUGAAAUAAGCCCGCUCUACAGACUUCUGAAGCCACUGAACGUCUUUGAUUGAUUGGCCACAUUGAGAUGUUCCUCCUUUAUAACAAAGAAUUCCAUUUUUACAUCCAAUAAAUGUUCCUUUCUUCAUCAUGAAGGUUUAUAAUUCCUUGAACCUAGAAUCUCUAAGUUGAAAUACGGACAUUCUGAAGUCCUCAAGAGUCUUUCAGAGAUCAACCACAUUGUGAGACUGUUAUUCCUCCUUUGUAAGUAAACAUACCAUUUUGACAUCCAAGAAACUUUCCUUUCUUGACUUGAUCAUGAAGGUUUAUAUUCGCCUCUUCCAUGGCUGGUGUGUACAGAGCAACAAUGCGAACACACGUCUUCUUUUCCUUACCGUAUACUUUAUAAGAAAUACCAAAGUUCUUGCUGUCUUUCCAAAUUACUUGACGGAACUCGGAUUUUGUCUGUCGCGGUGAAUCCUGCUGCCCAAAAUCGUAAAAACACGCAUCUUUGUACCUGGAGGACAGAAAGCAGAAUUUGUCACGAAGUUCAAAAUACAUAAUGAUAUUCACAAACCGGUUUUGCAUGCUUCAGCUGCAAGGAAAGAUUAUACAUCCAAGCUUUAUCCAAAAAUUAUAAUAAAUCUUACCAUUCUUUCGUGACUGCAGCGCCAGAUAUGGUGCCUUGACAAAUAUCAAACACAUUCAUACCAGCUUCACUUCUUAUUAUACCACCUCCCUCGUCUGGAGUGGUCUUUCUCAACGCUGCCCGACGUAGAUUCUGACUCAAUCUUAAUGCAGGCACGCCAUGCAUGCCUCGUAACAUAUUAUGUGUGUUGAGAGCUGAGGAUACGAACGACUGUAAAUCUAAACAUAAAACACAGAUCCUUAGGAGUAAGAAGUGUUCAUCAUUUACACCAGAAUACUGUAUUGGAUCGAGGGCUUCACUCUGUGAGCGUUACAAGGCAGCAGAUGGUGGUCAACUUGAGACAUUUAUACGAGUCAAAAAAAUUAGACUGAAUCUCUCAAUUCUAUUUAUUUGCCUCCAAAUACUGCGGAUUUCGAUUUACCGUUUCAGGGUUUCCAUUUCCAGUGAUUGUUUUUCCGUUAAAACGAACAAGUUGCUAAGGGCCAAUGUCAAUGUUACUAAGUGAAGUCUAGUGGUCUUUGUCCGUUGUUUUCUUAUCCGUUGUUUUCUUAUCCGUUGUUUAUCAUUUGUGAAUGUAACUGUUAUAUUCGUAUUUAUCUCGUCAUUGGCAACAUUUUGAUAUAUAAUUUACGAAGCUUUGUGGAUCAUUUCAUGUUUUUAUUGAUAUUUUGGAAAUUGUACCGUAUAAAAGGCCAGUAAAUAAUUUUGAAGCCUUUUAUACGCUACAAUUUCCAAAAUAUCAAUAAAAACAUGAAAUGAUCCACAAAGCUUUGUAAAUUAUAUAUCAAAAUGUUGCCAAAGACGAGAUAAACACGAAUAUAACAGUUACAUUUACAAAUGAUAAACAACGGACAAGAAAACAACGGACAAACCGGAAAUUAAAGCGCUGAAACGGUAAAUCGAAAUCCGCAGUACAAGACUACAGUAUAUGAGAAGAGUUAUCUACUGUACCACUUAUAUUCGCGUCAAGAUGCCAAGUUCAACAACACAGAAACAUGUACACUUAAGAAUACCUUCCAUUGCUCCCAAACCACCAGCACUGCCCCCUGCUAUACCAUUCUGUCCUGCGACCAUCCCUUUAAACUUCCCGCGCCGAACAUUUCUUCUAAAGUUUCUUUUUGUUCCUACAUAUCCAGUAGGCUGAUAUCUCGCACAAUAAAAUACAAACAUUUGUCCUUUCACUUUCCCAACUGCUCUUCCUACACCGAUACGUCGCGUCUUUCUCCAAACGAGUUGAACGAACGCUGAAUAUGGGGCUCCAUUUCUCCCCUUAUGUUUCUUAAAGUCGUACUUAUAUACUUGAUCAUACCUGAAUCAGUGAGAAAUUUUAGUGAGCUUUGUUCUGGUUUUAGGUAGACUUUUGGGGCAACCUUGCAACUCUUCAUAAUCCUUGCAAUCCUGAUCUUGGCAAAACCUAAUCCCGGGGCCGGUGAGAGAUUGUGUGGUGCCCUGCGCAAAACCUUCCCAGCGAUCACUAUGUAUUUUAUAUUUUCAAGAAAAUCACUACCUGGUGGAAAGCGCUACCUUCGUACAACCGGCUCCAGAAAAACAUGAGCAUGCCUCUACUUAUGGAUUCAUCCUGCUCGAAAGACCAUCUAGUGACUUUCUACUCACCAUGUUUUAACCACCGUAGCUCCAGUAAUAGGAACAGCACUCAUGAGUAAGUUCUCACCAAUUUUGAUACUCGUGAAAGACUGUGAGUGUCUUAUUUUCUUGACGCUGUUUGCCAGAGUUCUUGCAUACGCCAUGGCAGCUUUGGAUAACUUUGGAUCGAGUCUCAGUGCUUUAGCGUUGUGAAUCUUACGAUAUUUAUUGUGUGUUUGUAAGACAUCCUGCUGGUACCCUUUAAUUCCUGAAAAACAUUUAAACUAUGAUUAGUGUACGCCGAGUAGUCUUACGCGUAUAGAAAAUUUUCUUGUUCUAGUAUGGAAGUAUAUAUUAGCUAGUAUAUAUUGCCUUACGGCAGGGGCAUAUUAGUCUACUCCAGUAGUUACCUUUACUGCGACCCUAGACUACCUGCAGUUUUUAUUUUAUCCUUGCUAAUGAACAUAACGUCCCAAACCAAAGUUAAAAGACGCAAAAAGUACGUAGUAUAUUUACCCUGUGAAAACACGAAUUUCCCCUUUGCCGACAAAUAUCCACCAUUCCCUGUCCUGCCAAGAUUCAAUGACAUUCCCCCUCCUAGCCCUCCAGCUCCACCAAAACCCAUAUUCAUACCAAUGCCUCCAGUGCCCCCACCAACAGCUCCUCCCAUCUUACCACCAACAGAACCACCCAUCUUACCACCAACAGCCCCACCCAUAUUACCACCAACAGCCCCUCCCAUCUUUCCACCAACAGCCCCACCCAUAUUACCACCAACAGCCCCACCCAUAUUACCACCAACAGCCCCACCCAUCUUUCCACCAACAGCCCCACCCAUAUUACCACCAACAGACCCACCCAUAUUACCACCAACAGCUGCUCCCAUCUUACCACCAACAGCCCCACCCAUCUUACCACCAACAGGCCCGCCCAUAUUACCACCAACAGCCCCUCCCAUCUUUCCACCAACAGCCCCACCCAUAUUACCACCAACAGCCCCUCCCAUUUUACCACCACUGGUUUGACCACCAGAUGUACCCCAACUCCCCUGUCCACCAUUACUAGCACCAUUUGAAGCUGAAUUUCCAGAAGAACCAGAAGCACCCUUAUUUCCACCAGAUGUACUCCAACUCCACUGUCCACCAUUACUACCGCCAUUUGAAGCUGAAUUUCCAGAAGAACCCUUAUUUCCACCAGAUGUACUCCAACUCCACUGUCCACCAUUACUACCACCAUUUGAAGCUGAAUUUCCAGAAGUACCCUUAUUUCCACCAGAUGUACUCCAACUCCACUGUCCACCAUUACUACCACCAUUUGAAGCUGAAUUUCCAGAAGUACCCUUAUUUCCACCAGAUGUACUCCAACUCCACUGUCCACCAUUACCACCACCACCUUUUGAAGCUGAAUUUUCAGAAGCACCCUUAUUUCCACCAGAUGUACUCCAACUCCACUGACCACCAUUACCAGCACUGUUAUCAGUUGUACCACCAUUUGAUUUGGAGUUCGAACCCCAACUAGUACUCCAUGAUUUUGCAUCUGCCAUUUUGUUGGCGGAGUUACCAUGUGUCUUUGUCCAGUUUGCAGUCUUCACAAAACCCUCUCUUGUAUUCCCUGCAUCGUGCAUUGUACUGUAUGUUCCAUCUUGUAAUACUUUACGAUGUUUGAUUUCAGAACUGUGCUCAUAUCUGGCGUUAGAAUGGUGUAUGUUGGUUGGAGUGCUCUUUUGUGCUCUGUCUUUGAUGUGCACGACAAGAGGUGAAUGACUCCCAUCUUUUAUGUGUAUGUCUACGCUGUUUUUUCUCACUGUUGACCCUACAACUAAAACUAUUCUAUGAGAGAGUGUGCUAAUGAAAACCAAGCAUAAGAUUGGGUUACUCACACAAAGUGGAACACUAAACAGUGUAGUGUAUUAGCUAGCAAAUGUACCACACAAAAAUGCAUUUCAAGGCCUGUAUACCCAGACAAUUACCACCACCUGUUUGAAAAUGUAUCACUUUAAAUUAAAGGUAUAUUGUUUGUAAAAUUAAUAUAGCUUCGCUGCCAGGCAAAAAUGUCGGGGGUAUAGAGAAGAAAGCAGUGGGGUCCCUAACUUAGACAAAUGAGGCAAUAGAAUUCAAUCGAAGUGUAUCAAUUUUAUCAUCGUAAUAUAUCAGUAUUACGUGUUUAUAUGCACAUUGUAAUUGCUACAAUAAACUGAAAUUAAUUAGAAACAAUUAUCGCUUACCUUUCGCUAAAUAUACCAGAACAACAUAGAUAGAUAAUGGCUUCAUUUAUGUACAAAAUGUUAUCAUUUCUCAGUCGUUUUGUUCAGAGUAUUUUUAAAAUUGAAUAAACUUCUGUUGUGUAAACGUUGUUUAUUCCAAGGUUUGUAGGAGGCCCGCAGUGCUUUUGAGGUUUUCAAUUCAUGUUUCACAGGUGACCACAAACUUUCACGUCCCAGAUUUUACUUUUAUAAUUUGUCCAAGCGGAACUAGUUCCCCAGAAUGUUUUCAUCAACUUUAAAUGGUUUAGCAAUAUAAAAGAUGGAACUUUUCUAUGAAUUCAUUUGAAUUGAAUUUCAGCAAUAAUGCAUAUACUACUGAUUUUGAUUUUAUUUUUUUUUAAGAACUUUAUUGGGUCAUUAACAACUACAUUUACAAUAAUUAUACUAACAAAUAAUUGGGCAAAGAUACACUAAUUUAAAAUAACAACAACAAAAGAACCCAAUUGGGAAAAUUGCGAACGAGACUCCAAGUUCCCAUGCGGGGCACUUCCCCUAAAAAAGUAAGUUUAUGUCCUAUGGCAGGAGCCACGUACGAGGAUCCAUGUACCCGGUUUUCGGGUGAUUGA